GCAGACAUUCCAAAUGUUCCAAAAUUUGGGACAAACCUGGAAAACAUGUGGAUUUAAAUAGACUUUCCACAGUUUUCAACCUGAGAACCUUCAACCACCAAUCAGAGUAGGCUAAGUUUUAAAAAAGGCGUGUGUUAUUCUGUGGACGGUUACUACAGACUUAGAACUGGUUGCAACCAGAUCCCUCCAACCCUUCUCCCUCCUCUGUAUGAAUGUGACUCUGUGGCACACACAGCACGCCUGUUCUCGGGGUUCACGCGUGUCUGUGGAUAAAUGUCUGAGAGAACAUGUGGCUCAUAUACAGUACGUGGGCUACCCUGCGAUCGUUCGCAGAUGGAAGACAGUGGAAACAGUCGCAGCUACUCCGACGAAGAACGGAUUAAUUUCAGCUGAAAUUAGCAACUCUCAGAGCAUGGGACUGUGCAGAGCUAAAGUAACCCAGUUCCUGGGAGCUAAAGAGUACUCCAAGGCCCCUGACGGAGGAUGGGGGUGGGUGGUGGCUGUGGCGUUCUUCCUGGUGGAAAUGUUCACAUAUGGCAUCAUUAAGAGCUUUGGGAUCUUCCUCCAGGACAUGAUGGAGGAGUUUGGCGAGACCAAUAGUCGGGUCUCAUGGAUCAUUUCCAUCUGUGUGUUCAUCAUGACCUUUAAUAGUCCUCUCUCCUCAGUGAUGAUGAACCGCUUUGGCUUCCAGUUUGUUGUUAUGAUUGGAGGAUUACUUAUAUCCACUGGCACCAUUGCAACUAGCUUUACCAGUUCACUCAAUCAGAUAUACAUCACCUAUGGAUUAGUGACAGGUCUGGGCUACUGCCUGACGUUCCUGCCCACUGUGACCAUCCUGUCAAAGUACUUCAGCCAUCGGCGCUCUCUGGUCACUGCUCUGGCUUCUACUGGGGAGUCUCUUGCGAUGUCUGCCCUAGCGCCAGGCUUUUCUGUGUUAAGAGACAAAAUUGGCUGGAGACACACCAUGGCAGUGAUUGGAGCUCUGCAAAGCGUCAUCAUCAUCUGUGGUGUGCUGCUCCGGCCAAUCAUUAUUAAACCCAGAAUGUCCCAAAGCCAAAACAUUGAAACGUCUUCCUCAAAGGAGCUGGAAGCACUCAAGACACAAGAGAACGUAGACAGUUUGGUUCUGGAGAACAUUGAGACGACUAAUGGCGUCCUGUCACUUAAAGACACCUGUACACCAGAGGAGAAUACUUCACUGGACAAAGAGGCAAAGCUAGAGACGGCUCCAAACUCUCUGGAAAAAAGUAAAGAACCGGAAACAGAAAAACACAACAAAGAUGACAAACAAAUGAUGGACCAAGGAGAAGGAUGCAACUCAGGCUGCACAAAGCAAUCUGCUGCAAAUUCUAGACUCCUAGACUUCUCCAUCCUCAAAGACUCCAGCUUUGUCCUCUACUCUCUGUUUGGACUGUUUGCCACUCUGGGCUUCUUCGCUCCUCCGCUCUACAUCAUCGAGCUGAGCGUGAGCCAUGGGAUGGAGCGAGAGCAAGCCACCUACAUGCUCUCCAUCAUGGCAGUGGCUGAAAUCUUUGGACGAUUCGUCAUCGGGUGGGUCCUGUCCCAAAAUGUGUUCAGGACGAGGAAGCUCCAGGUGCUCCUGGUGUGUGUGAUUAUGAUGACAGUGGACUUAGUGGGAUUUACGCUGGUGACACAUUUUUACACUCUGGCUUUGUGCUGUAUUGUGUACGGGUUCUUCAUGGGAACCAUUGCAUGUACUCACAUCCCUAUGCUGGCAGAGGACGAGGUGGUCGGCGUGGAGAGGAUGUCAUCAGCUGCCGGUGUCUAUGUGUUCAUCCAGAGCUUUGCUGGACUGGGUGGGCCGCCACUUGGAGGUGUGCUGGUGGAUGUAACUAAGAACUAUGGAGCGGCGUUCUACUCCUGUGCGGUGGGAAUGGGACUGAGUGCUGUGUUCCUGGGAUUUGUUAGACCUGCAAAGAAAGGGUUGCCCUGCAGGAGGAGGAGCCCAAAAUGCUCUGCAGUUGAACAUGAAAGGAACCCUGGCUACAAGGAGGUGAGCGGAGAGGAGAAACCGGACCAAACUCACACCACACACGACUGCUCUGAGACAGAAGACAAACGGGACGUCAGUCAGGAAGGAGUCAAAGAGGUCACAAUUCAAUACUGAGCUGAAAAAACACACAAGUAAAAGAACAAAUCAAAUGAA